AUGGAUAUAACGGAUAGAGAGGCCUUGAUGGGGGUCUUAUCUAGCAUGAAGAAAAUCACCCCAUUCAAAAGAGAGCUGAACCGGAAACCUCCGUCCAGCUACAGGGAGUUUUUGGCGCGAGCGCAGGGGUACAUCAACGCCAAAGAGGCAGACGCAAACGACCCCGAGCACAAGUCUAACAAGAAUAAAGGAACCGAACAAAGGUCGAAGCCUGUGAAACAUGAUGGGAAGAAGCGUCGAGGCGGAGGAAACAGAGACAAGCAGCCCGCCGCGACGACGAGCGCUCUAGAAGCCAAGAAGCCGAGGCAAGAGGAUACCCGUAAGCCUCGACUGUUCCAAAAAUAUGAUUCCUACCACGAGCUAACGAUAGGAGUCAAGGAGGUCUUCAAUCAGGUCAGCCGCGGGAACUUGCUGCGCCGACCGGAACCGAUGAAGUCAGAUCCCAACCGAAGGAACCAGAAGAAAUUUUGUAGGUUCCACGGCGAUGUUGGCCACCACACCAAUGAUUGCGCUGACCUCAAGGAUGAAAUCGAAAGAGAGGAGACUCAAGGAGGUCUCAGAAGGACUACGCCCACAAGGCCAGGGGAGUUUAUCACCAACGAUUGCGCCGACCUCAAGGAUGAAAUCGAAAGAGUGAUCCGCGAGGGAAGGUUACAAGAAUUCAAGGCCGAGCGAAGGCCCCGAAAUGACGGCCAUGGUGGGCAGAAUGACGGUCGACGCCGAGAGGAGAACCAGCGCCUGGAGGAUCACGAACUCGUCGGCGUCAUAAGGACUGUCCUCGGCGGUCCUUAUAUAGGAGGAGACUCAAGGAGGUCUCAGAAGGACUACGCCCACAAGGCCAGGGGAGUUUAUCAGGAGCGAUUCUGGAGCGUCUCCGCUGUAAAAACCCCAAGGUAUAGUCACACCGACGUGGCCUUUAACGAGGAUGACGCCAGUGGGGUUCAUUUCCCCCACAACGACGCCUUGGUGGUGGAAGCCAUGAUAGGAAACCACACCGUGUGCAGAAUCCUGGUAGACAAUGGGAGCUCGGUGAACCUCCUAUACUCCGACUGCUUGGAGAAAAUGGGGAUCCAAAAGGAACAAUUGGAAAAACCCUCCAGGCCGCUAUAUGGUUUCACUGGGGACUCCGUCUUCCCCCAGGGGACCAUCCGGUUGCCUAUAACUACCGAAGAAAAACCCCGACAGGCUACCACAAUGGCCAACUUUGUGUUUACAAAAGGAGGCUCCCAAUACAACGCCGUGAUUGGAAGACCAACCCUUCAGGCGCUAGGCGCCAUAACUUCCGUUUACCACCAAAAGGUCAAGUUCCUUACCCCAAAUGGCGUGGGCGAAAUGAAGAGCAACCAGUAUGAAGCUAAGAUUGCAUACUCUGACGCCCUGCGCGGAUAUGACCAGCCAGGAAGACAGGAAGCAAGGAUGGUUCACCAGAGCCUCGUCGAGGACAUAGACUGUAAAUCCCAAAAUUUAUUUGGGGUUAAUUUGAAAUUUUUAAAGACUUAA